AUGGCCAUCUCUGCCCUUAAUCGCUGCGAAACAAGAUUAGAUGAAUUAUCUAUGGCAAUGUCCGCUUAUGAUACCCGUUUAAUAGAAGCCGAGAAAAAAGCAUCUGAAGUAGAGGACUUGCUAUGUAUAAUCAAUGUAAUGAACGACAAACUCAAUUCCCAAGAACAAAGCAUGUUAAGAAACGAGAUCGAAGUCACUGGUGUGAUGGAAACUCCAAAUGAAAAUCCUCACCAUAUUAUUUUAACGAUGUCCUCCUUGAUAGGCGUCAAACUUUCUGAUUUUGAUGUUGAUUACGUUCAGCGAGUCGGUCCACGUCGGAGUACUAAUCAUUCCCUACCACGCCCUUUGGUUGUGAGAUUCACGAGGCGUGUACCACGUGACCAAUUUCUAAAAACAGCUAAGGUGCGACGAUUAACCACCAAGGAUGUUGGGUUUGAAGGCGCCUCUACAACCAAUAUCUAUGUAAAUGAACGGUUGACUCGAGCAAACCGGCUGUUGUUUCGCGACUGCCGAAAACAAGCUAAAGAAGCAGGAUUUAAAUUCUGCUGGACAAGCGGUGGAAUCAUUUACGUCAAGAAGCGUGAAGGCAGGGGUAAGGGCUCCGAGUCUUUGGUCAUUAGAUCAAACGCCGACAUCAACCGUAUCCUCCGAGAAAAUGAAUCCGGAAGCAAAGGUCACAGCAGUUGA